UACACGAGCGGUAGCCUAUUUUUGUUAGGCCUAUUUUUGCAAUCUGUUUCCCUUUCGAAUAUGGCGGAGAGCGAAGUGGACACCCCGAGCACGCCUAUAGAAUACGAGAGCAAGUAUUUCGAGCAUCAUGGUGUUCGCCUCCCUCCCUUCUGCAGGGGGAAGAUGGAAGAGAUCGCCAACUUCUCGCUCCGAAGUAGCGACAUAUGGAUAGUGACCUAUCCCAAGUCAGGCACUAGUCUGCUGCAGGAGGUUGUGUAUCUGGUUAGUCAGGGGGCGGACCCGGAUGAAAUCGGACUCAUGAAUAUUGAUGAGCAGCUGCCCGUGCUGGAAUACCCACAACCUGGACUAGACAUCAUACAGGAACUAACGUCCCCUCGACUGAUCAAGAGCCACCUGCCAUAUAGAUUCCUACCCACGGCCAUGCACAACGGAGAGGGCAAGGUGAUCUACAUGGCGCGGAACCCUAAGGACCUGGUGUGUUCCUAUUACCAGUUCCACCGAUCGCUUCGCACCAUGAGCUACCGCGGAACAUUCCAGGAGUUCUGCCGACGCUUCAUGUACGACAAACUGGGUUACGGCUCGUGGUUUGACCAUGUGCAGGAGUUCUGGGAACACCGUAUGGACUCAAACGUCCUCUUCCUUAAGUACGAAGAUAUGUUCAAGGACCUGGGUGCUGUGGUGGAUCAGCUGAGGCGUUUCCUGGGUGUAACGUGCGAUAAGGGCCAGCAGGAGGCGCUGGUGGAGAGCUGCGGACAACUCAUAGAACAGUGCUGCAACUCAGAGGCACUGUCCAUCGGACGAGGCCGAGUGGGUUGGUGGAAAGACGUCUUCACCGUGUCCAUGAACGACAAGUUUGACGCCGUCUACCGGCAGAAGAUGGCCAAGAGUGACCUCACCUUCGACUUCAUCAUGUGAACUUUGACCUUUAACCCCUCCAGAAGCCCUAAACAUGACCUUGAACCUCAUCAUGUGAAACCUGAACUCUG